CGGCUCGGCCUGUGAGGGCAUAAAACGUCGAAGAGAGGGAAGAGUAAUGAAGAUCAACGGCCAUGGAAGGAGAGAGAGGUGUUCAAUCACGCUGUUUCGAGCUUGACCGUUCGUUCUCUGAUCCACGGGCAAUGCAUGAGAUGGAGUUUGUGCAGUUGGAAGAAAACCAUGGCAUGAGCUUCAUGGUCCCUUCUCAGGGAAUUCCAUGUCCACACCAGCUUUCGAUACCUUGCAGCGAUCCUAUGCUCUUCAAUGAUGGCCAGAUUUCCAUGACAUUGAAUCAAGAUCAUCAGGUUGAGACUUUGGAUCCAAGGGCUGGCAAUGAACAUAAUUGCACCGGUGACGAUGUAGGAAAUUCAUGGUGGAAAAGCUCAGCAUCAGAGAAGAACAAGGUGAAAGUGAGGAGGAAGCUUAGAGAACCAAGGUUCUGCUUUCAAACAAGGAGCGAUGUGGAUGUAUUAGAUGAUGGCUACAAAUGGAGAAAAUAUGGCCAAAAGGUUGUGAAGAAUAGUCUCCACCCAAGUUAUUACCGUUGCACCCACAGUAACUGUCGAGUGAAGAAACGGGUCGAACGAUUAUCAGAGGAUUGUCGAAUGGUGAUAACGACGUAUGAAGGUAGGCACACACAUACUCCAUGCGACGACUUGAAUCCAUCCGAACAUGAAUGUUUCACGUCAUUCUAACAGCUUUUUAAUUUCUUUUUUUUUUUCUUGUAUAAUAAAAACCAUGUUGUAAUCUACCAAGAGCCGUUGUCAUUAUGAAUAAAGCAAAUGAAAGCAUUGCUUGUUUGAA